AUGUUGGUCUUCAUCACCGACUAUUUCCUCGUCCGCCGCAGACACCGACUGGAAUCUGCUCAGGCCGGCAUGACUGUGGGAGAAAUUGUCAAUUCCAUCAUCUCUUUAGACAGAGGUUUGGAAGAGAUUGGAGACAAGGCAUCUGAAAUCGUGUCCAGACGCGGAAGCAGAGCCCACAACCGCCUCCGGGGAUUCUCCCUCAACGACGACGAGCGACUCUCCAUGAUGAGUUCGCGUUGCUGCACUCCGGUCUUGGACGACUCCGUGGCGUACUCGGUGCUCGACGAGACCGCCACAGCGGCAUUUGACUCGGUUUUCGACCGCAAAGCU